AUGUUUGCAGAUCUGGAAAACCUCACCAUCUUCACAGAAUUCCUCCUGAUGGACGUCUCAAGCUCCCCGGAGCUCCAAAUCCUUCAAGGUUUGAUAUUCUUAGUGGUAUAUCUGGGUGCCCUGGCUGGAAAUCUACUGACAUUUACAGUCAUUGUUAUAGAUCCACAUCUUCACUUCCCCAUGUACUUUUUUAUGGGCAAUUUAUCCCUUAUAGAUUUUGGAUACAUCUCAGUUACUGUUCCCAAAUCCAUCACAAACUGUUUGAUGGGUCAUAAAGUGAUUUCUCUUAGAGCAUGUGCUGCCCAGACUUUCCUAUUUAUUUUCUUUGCAUCUGGAGAGUUCUUCUUCCUUGUGAUCAUGUCCUAUGACCGCUAUGUUGCCAUCUGCCACCCUCUGCACUAUGCAUCCACUGUGAGCCCCCGUUUCUGCACACAGGCGUCAUGUGGCGCAUGGGCCAGUGGGCUGGUCUAUUCUGCUGUCCACACAGGGACCAUGUUCAGACAUCCCUUCACAAAGUCCAAUGUGAUUCACCAGUUUUUCUGUGAUAUACCUCAAAUUAUGAGCAUUUCAUCCCAGUCUGUGCAGUUUUCUGAGUUUGUGGCCCUUGCUGUCAGUGCCUGCAUUGUAUUACUUGGCUUUGUCAUCUUAUUUGCCUCAUAUGUUCACAUCUUUUCAACUGUGCUGCACAUGCAUUCUGUGGACGCCCAGAACAAAGCUUUGUCCACCUGCUCCCCCCAGAUAGCUACACUUACUCUGUUUAUAAUUUCUGGAAUGUUUGCAUGCUUAGGCCCUGUUUCAAACUCAUCAAGCAUUCAAACCCUCCUCACAGCUAUGUUCUACUCCAUGGUGUCCCCCUUAGUCAACCCCAUCAUCUUUAGCCUGAGGAAUAGGGAGAUUAAGUCUGCUGUGCAUAGAAUGUUAAAGAAAGCUUUCCAGUUCCAUAGAAGCAAUUUUGUUUCUUAA